UCCCCAGACCGUUAAUGUCCAACUUUUCACCAGGACUGUUUUGCCUCUGAGCUCUGAAAGCUUUGCACUUGGACUUUUCGGUCUCUUUUCGGAAAUAUAUGACUCAUUAAUUCAAGACGACGAACGAAGAAUAUAUAAUGGAUUUUUGCAGCAUGGGCGUUGUCCAUUUUCUAGAUCCAACUUUCCCAAUAUGAUUUUUAUGCAAGUGUGGAAUAUGCCCCUUUAACUCUGUGGCAUUUCCUUUUGCAUUGUGCUGUCUAGCACUUACUUCCUACGAUUAUACCAGAGGGACUCCUUUCAGUGAAAUCCAUUUGGAUCGCAAAGACGACUUUUCUCGGGUGUCUCGGUGUGUAAACGCGGUACGUCCGGCGGGUCUCGAUGGAGGACCCCUGGGGUACAGCUCUUGCCCUGUUCCAGGUGUGGAUAUCAGUACUUUUGUGUCUCGUCAUGCUACCUGCGAUGUUCGGUCUCUCCCUGGGCGUCACAGGGGUCUAUAUUCAGAUAUUAGUCCAGAUUUUAGAGUGGGCCACGCUAAGAAUCCAACGAGGACGCAAAGAGAAGCCCAGUGUGCCUAUUCCCCUGCCCAACGGGAUCAUACAUCGAGACGGGGGCUCCAUGGCACAGGAGAUGCUGGAAGUGCGGGGGUCCCGGCCCGGAGGGGACUUUACCCUGGGAGACGUCUUCUACUUCUACAAGAAGGGCAUGGAGAGCCUCGUGGACGACCAGGUCACACAGUGCUUCUCCUCCGAGGAGCUGGCCUCCUGGAACCUGCUCACGCGCACCAACCAGAACUUCCGCUACAUCAGCCUCCGUCUCACCGUGAUCUGGGGCGUGGGCGUCUUCGUGCGCUACUGCCUUCUCUUCCCCCUCAGGAUUACACUGGCUACCAUUAGCUUCACCUGGCUGGUAAUCAGCACUACACUGGUGGGGUUUCUACCUGAGACCAGUGCAAAGCAUUGGCUCAGUGAGGUGGCCCAUCUGAUGUUCUACAGGAUCUGUGCCCGGGGUCUCUCUGCCACCAUCCGCUACCAUAACAAAGAGAACCGACCAAAGAAAGGCGGCAUUUGCGUGGCGAACCACACGACGCCGAUCGAUAUAGUCAUACUGGCCAACGACAGAUGCUACGCAAUGGUGGGCCAGGUUCACGGGGGCCUGAUGGGGGUCAUCCAGAGGUCAAUGGUGAGGUCGUGUCCCCACGUGUGGUUUGAGAGGACGGAGAUGAAGGACCGCAACACUGUCACCAACAGGUUGAGAGAACAUGUGACCUGUGAGGACAAGCUGCCAAUCCUGAUCUUCCCUGAGGGAACCUGCAUCAACAACACAUCCGUCAUGAUGUUUAAGAAGGGAAGCUUUGAGAUCGGAGGGACUAUUCACCCUGUGGCCAUUAAGUACGACCCGCGGUUCGGAGACGCGUUUUGGAACAGCGCCAAGUACAACAUGGUCAGCUACCUGCUGCGGACGAUGACCAGCUGGGCCAUCGUGGUCAACGUCUGGUACCUGCCCCCCAUGACCCGACUGGACCAGGAGGAUGCCUCUCAGUUUGCCCAGAGGGUGAAGUCAGCCAUCGCACUAAAGGGCGGUCUCAUAGACAUGGCAUGGGACGGCGGACUGAAGCGGGCUCGGGUGAAGGACUCCCUGAAGGAGGAGCAGCAGAAGAUGUACAGCAGUAUGAUCGUAGGACCAGACGGACCUAGCGACCUAGCUGCUAUUUCUCCACUCCUCGACUUACAGGACUAAAGCCGACUUUAUGACUAGUAGAGCAUACCGGAACACACCGGAACACACUGGGCCACAUUUUUUUUUUAUGAAAGACUGCAAAAAAUGUUACACUUCGUCUAUUUGUAAGAAUGUGUGAACAUUCUCAUUGUAAAUGGUUCUCUUGUGGUGAUUGUUAUGAUAUUGUUAGCUGUUUUUGGUAUUGAGACUUUUAAAUGUACAUUUUGAGCAAAAUAUAUUAUUUUACCUGUA